AUGCACAUGGAUUUGUCAGUAAUUUUCCAAGAACCAAUUUAUAAAGACCAAGUUUCCACUCUAGAAUGGAAUGAUUUGACUCCUACAAACUGGAGAAGCACAAAGUACAUACCUUUUCUUGGUUAUUCCCUUCAUACAUCGAAACUUGUUUGCUGGCCACCUAGAGUCAUGACAUCAAAUAAUUCAGUUAAAUUUACUCCAAUUCCUGAGGCUUUAGAAGCCUUUAAAAACGGUGAAUUCUUGGUUGUUAUGGAUGAUGAAGACCGUGAAAAUGAAGGCGACUUAAUAAUGGCUGCCGAACUAAUGACUACAGAGAGGAUGGCAUUUCUGGUGAAGCACAGUUCUGGGUUUGUUUGUGUUCCUUUAUCUACCGAACGAGCAGACGAGUUGAAUCUACCAUUCAUGAUCCCUGAAGACAAAAUGACUGAUAGACACGGUACCGCAUAUACCGUUACCGUCGAUUACGCGGACGGUACUACAACAGGUAUCAGUGCACAUGAUAGAGGCCUUACAGCGAAAAUGUUAGGUACAAAAUCGAGCAAAGCAGAUGAUUUCUUAAGACCUGGACAUAUCUGCCCCCUUAGGGCAAAACCUGGUUUGUUGAGGGAGCGUCCAGGGCAUACCGAGGCUGCCGUUCAACUGUGUGAGUUGACGGGCUUGCAACCAGCAGGAGCUAUCUGUGAGCUUGUAAGAGAUGAAGAUGGAUUAAUGAUGCGUCUAGAUGAUUGCUGGAAGUUUGCUCAAAAAUACAACAUCAAAAUCAUCACAAUUAAGGAAUUACUUGAGUAUUUGAAUCAAACAACUGUGUGA